AUGGCCUCGCUUCUCCAGAUUUGUAUCCUCUUCCUGACGGUAUGUAUAGUCGUCGACGGCAGAUUCUACCGAAACAUUCCCUUACCUCGAAGUCCGCAGAAGUUGAUCAGCCUCGAAGUGCCAUCGGAAGAACCUCAGAUCAUCUUCGAACCCUCUCACAAAGUGCACAAUCAUUUGCUCGCCCUGAGGCCAGACUAUGCGCUUUUUAAAUUGGCCGAGGUCUUCAAGAGUUUUCUUGACCGGCGAUUUGAUCCCAGUCUCAUUAAUAAAGGUGAGAAAGCACUAAAUCAAUAUUUAACAAAUGUUAUGCUUGUUUUACUGAUCGUAUCUUCUCAAUCUUUAAAUUUCAGAAAAAGCGGACAGUUUUCUGCGGCAUCAACUCCGGAAUUCUCUUCAAUAA